AUGGCGUUUUUGUUGCGACCGGAGACAAUGAAUGGUGGGACAGCGUCGAACGGUCUCCACCUUAACGGGCAGGAUUCGUUGGUACAGCCGUUGUUGACCGAUUUCUAUCAGAUCAGCAUGACCUACAGUUAUUGGAGAUCGCAAAUCCACAAUGAGCCAGCCGUUUUCGACUUGUUCUUUCGAAAAAAUCCAUUCCAGGGUGAAUUCACGAUAUUUGCCGGUUUGGAGGAUUGUCUGCGUUUUGUUGAGAAUUUCAAAUUCUCUGUCUCGGACAUCGAUUUUCUGCGCACUCUCUUGCCGGGCGUUGAGGAGGAUUUCUUUGAAUAUUUGAAGGAAAUGGACUGCUCGGCUGUGACGAUUCAUGCGAUUACAGAGGGCUCUGUGGUGUUCCCAAAAGUUCCUCUUCUAUCCGUUUCUGGCCCGCUCGCAAUUUGUCAACUCUUGGAAACGACCCUUCUCAAUUUGGUCAACUACUCGUCACUUGUCGCCACGAAUGCAGCCAGAUUUCGAUUGGCAGCUGGCCCCAAAACUAAUCUUCUCGAGUUUGGCUUGAGACGAGCUCAAGGACCAAAUGGAGGUUUAGCCGCCUCGAAAUACUGCUAUAUUGGAGGAUUUGACGGAACAUCAAAUGUUUUGGCUGGGAAACUCUUUGGGAUUCCUGUCAAGGGCACUCAGGCUCACUCGUUCAUCUGCUCGUUUUCAGCGGAAAAAGAUCUCCGAGUGCGCGAAUUUAAGACAAAAGAUGGGAAAAUGAUCGAUUUAUAUGCGUUGGCGAUGAAGAAACGCGAUGACAUCAUGGAUAAGUUAUUCUGGGGAGUCUCCUCGUCGGAGGUGAGCGAGGGUGAACUGUGCGCGUUUGUCGCCUACGCAAUCGCCUUCCCGAAUGGAUUCUUGGCACUUAUUGACACGUAUGAUGUGCUGAGAUCCGGAGUGCUCAAUUUCAUCGCCGUUUGCUUGGCGCUCUCAGAGUGCGGAUAUCGACCGAUUGGAUGUCGAAUCGAUAGCGGUGAUCUCUCAUAUCUGUCGAAAGAAAUUCGAGCUCGGUUGAGAAAUGUCGCUGAAUUAGACGAAUCGUUGAGCUGGCUCGCUAAAGUGACAAUCGUUGCCUCAAAUGAUAUCAACGAGGAAACGAUCAUUAGUUUGAAUGAACAGAAACAUGAGAUUGACUCAUUCGGCGUUGGAACUCACUUGGUAACGUGUCAGAAGCAACCCGCACUUGGAUGUGUUUACAAGUUGGUCGCUAUAGCAAACGAGGCGAAGAUCAAGCUUUCACAGGAGGUGGCCAAGAUUUCGAUUCCUGGCAGGAAAAUGUGUUAUAGGAUUUACGGUAGAUCCGGCUCUUCGAUUCUCGAUAUUCUGCUACUUCACGACGAGAAACCUCCUGAAGCUGGCCACCAAAUUUUGUGUAGACAUCCAUUUGAGGAAAGCAAACGAGCUCUCGUCUUGCCGUCUCGAGUCGAACCGCUGCACAAACUUUUCUGGGGAGACGGCAAAAUUCAAUACGAUUUGCCAACAUUGGCUGAUAUACGGACUCACGUUAGAGUGGAGCUCGAUCGCUUGAGAAACGAUCACAAACGGCAGCUCAAUCCCACACCGUACAAAGUCUCCGUCUCCGAGCGUCUCUACAACUUCUUGCAUUCGAUUUGGCUUCAAAACGCGCCAAUUGGACAACUUGAU